CCGUAACGUCGUGUGUUAUAUCACCAUGUACAAAAUAGUGCAAAUUUCACUACUAUUAUCAAAUAUAGCACUAUCUUUUACACUAAUUGCUGAAGAUGAGAAGAGUAGUUUGGUGUUUGUGUUCGAUACGACAGGUUCUAUGUAUAAUGAUUUGAAGCAGCUGCGGGAGGGCGCGGAGAUGAUUUUGAACACGGCUUUGGAGGAGAGCAGCGUUAUUGCUGACUUUGUGUUUGUGCCUUUUCAUGAUCCUGGUGUCGGUCCAGCAACAGUGACCCACAACAAAACCAUAUUCCAUGACGCUCUGAACAUCGUCAGAGUAUACGGUGGUGGAGAUUGUCCAGAGAAGAGUCUAUCCGGCCUCCAACUAGCUCUGAAUGUCAGUCGACCGCGGUCUUUCGUAUAUGUGUUCACUGAUGCGACUGCUAAUGAUCAUAGGCUGGUUGGGAAAGUGCUCGAUCUAGUUCAGAGGAAGCAAAGUCAGGUAGUGUUUGUAUUAACAGGACACUGCGACGACCUAAAAAAGCCCUCUUACCUAGUGUAUCCACAGAUCGCCGCCGCCAGCUCUGGGCAAGUGUUUUAUUUGAAGAAAACUAAUGUUCACAAAGUUUUAGAUUUUGUAAGGAGUUCGAUUAAAGCCAGAUCGGUUAACCUGGGCACUGUGACUAACCCGGCUGGGUACAACUACACACGAGAGAUACCUGUGGAUAGCUCGCUUGACGAAGUCACAGUGUCGGUAUCGGGCUUCAAGCCUAAAAUCCAAGUAUUCAGCCCCACCGGGGAACAACUGACAGGCCCACCUAAACUCGUUACCACGUUAGACUUGGCGGAAAUUAUGGUGGUGAAAGUCCUUCAGCCUGAACCUGGGAACUGGUCAAUAACUGUGGGCAGCGAAGCGGAGCACUCCGUCAAGGUGGUGGGGCUGUCUAACCUGACCUUCCACCACGGGUUCUCUGUACAGCGACCAGGUUCGCCCGUGGAGACCAGCUACAGGCCGCUACAAGGUGCUUAUAAUUUCAUGAUGCUGUCUUUGACGCACAUAGAUAAAUCGGUCCAAGUUUCCCAUGCUGAGAUCCUCAGCCUUGAUGGGAAGACGCUAUUUGAGAUACCGUUAAAAGAGGUGGAUGCUAUUAAUAAGAGAUAUUUGGCUGAGGCUUUCAUUCCGCCUGACGAUUUAUUUUAUAUUGCGGUAAACGGGAUAGAUGGAGACGGACAAGAAAUACGAAGAGUCGGCGCAACGGCUAUUCAAGCAAAGCCUCCAGAUGUUCCAUAUUUGACUGCUCCUCAAAAGAUACGUGUGUUACGGCAUGAUACAGUGAUACUUCAUUGCGAUGUGGAGAGCUUGGUGCCCGUAAACGUUUAUUGGAUGAAAGACGGCACGAAAAUUCAGCCGCAGAUUUCUAGCUUACAAAGUACAACAGUUCAGUACAUAAUAAGAAAUAUGACCGGUGAUAAUGUUGGCACUUACGUCUGCACGGCCAGAAACGUGGCGGGAGUGACGCAAACCACCACUGAAGUGGAAUUAAUAGCGGAACCACCAGUUAUAACAAUGUCGGCCAGCAGCGAAACGUUGAUGGCGGGAGAAGAUCUGUCAAUAUACUGUUCUGUUGUAUCCGAGAUUGCUUUGACUACAUAUCAGCUCACGUUCACCGGGGCUGACUCUCAAAACGAAACUUACCUAAACGUGGAGGCGCAUAGCGAUGGAAUCCACCAUAACUUUAAUAGAGUAAUUCAGAACGCAAUGGAAAAGGAUAGCGGACUUUAUUCGUGUAAAGCUGCUCAUGAAGAUGGCCAAUCAUCAAAAUCUCUUACCAUCACGAUCACAACUCCACCCACAGCGCAUAUACUAGGGCCGCAUACAUUACCAAGAGUCCUGCACUCUUCGAUACAACUAGUAUGUAUAGCCGAACAUUGCAGUGAGGUACAAUGGUUAUAUAAUAGCGCUAUAGUGGAGAGACGCUCGGUCAAUGGUAGCGAUAAUUCUGUGUUAGAAAGAGAGGUUGAUGGAGAUGGAGUUUGGACUUGUUCGGCUCUGAAAGAAGAUUAUAAAGACCGCUCGGUCAGUGGUAGCGAUAAUGCUGUGUUAGAAAGAGAGGUUGAUGGAGAUGGGGUUUGGACUUGUACGGCUCUGAAAGGAUAUUAUAAAGUGUCAGAUUCCGUCCAAAUAAUAGCUCUAAUAAAACCGGAAGUGGAAAUCGAUGGCGACAAAAACAUAACCUUACUGAAUGGCUCGGCAUACAGCAUCAGCUGCUUAGUGAAAGCCAAGCCGGAGCCACGGAUAAUAUGGCAUAGAGAGACAGAGACAUUUCUCAAUAACACCGUUUCAGUAAUUUCCCCGAAUGUCUACAGAAGCGUCUUAGAAAUCGAUAGUAAGACGACGAAAGUGGACGGGACAUACUUCUGUUUCGGAGAAAAUGCGGCGGGAAUUCACCAGGAUUCCGUGACUGUCAGCGUUAGGGCGCCUAUGAGACUAUUGCAAGGAUUGUCAGAUAUUUCAACACAACUGUACUCCGACGUAACUUUGGUAUGCCAGAUAGAUUCAUACCCAACCGCCCAAAUAAAGUGGUACCACAACACCACAGAAUUAAGUACUAAACAAAAUAUACGCAGGUCUAGCGAUAACUCAGCCAUUGCUAUUGAAAGAGUUGACUUUGACGACCUCGGCCUUUACGUGUGUAAAGCUAGUAAUGGGUACGAAGAGCUAGUUGUGAAUGGAAGCUUAAGUGUAUAUGGUCUAGAAACUCCAACGUUGGCCAAGGAACCGGGAACUGUAGUGUCAACGAAAGGAAAUUCUACAUUUUUAACAUGUAGCAUUUUAAAAGGAAAUCCAUCGCCAACAGUAACAUGGCAAUUCUUACCCGACUCAUCGCAAGAGUUCAGUUACCUACCGAGCAACAUGACAAGGGAUCUAACUCAGGUCGUCAUAUCGAAUGUGACUAUUAAACACAAUGGCUUAUAUCGGUGUACUGCGGAAAAUGUACUGGGAAGAGAUUAUUACGACGUGAAGUUAGUUGUUCAAUACCCCCCAGAAAUUGAGUCUAACGAGAUAGACCCCAAGCCUUUAGAAAUCGAAGCUGGACAACCUUUGACCCUAUCUUGUCAGGCCGGGGGCUUGCCAAAACCGUGGGUCACUUGGACCAAGGACCUAAUGCCAAUAGGAUAUACGAAAAAUAUGUAUUUAAAUAAGGCCAAUGAUUUAGUGCUGGAGAGAGUUACUGAAUAUGAUUCCGGUUUGUUUACCUGCAACGCUAGUAGUAUAUUGGGAUCGUCUUUGAAAAACUUCACAGUAGUUGUUUAUGCUCCCCCAAAAAUAAUUCCACCGGAAAUUGAACCAGAACCACAGCAAUUCGUAGAAGGACAGCUAGUGGAACUACCGUGCCGAGCCAACGGCUCACCUCAACCGGAAGUCAGGUGGUUGCAGAACGGAAACGAGGUCAAUGAUGACCGGAAAUAUAUUGACGAGUUUGGCUUGAGAUUUGUGGCAAAUUUAACGGACUUUGGUGAAUACACGUGUAUUGUUAAAAACAAGUAUGGAAAUACCAGUUAUAGCUACAGCGUUUAUAUUUGGGUUCCACCUUCAAUUGAACCUCCUCUGCACAUCGACACGGCUGUCCUCAUAGGUUCAAAUAUAAGUCUCAAUUGUGACGCUGUUGGUUUCCCACUGCCGGUCAUAUAUUGGGAGUUGAAUGGUACUGUUAUUAACAAAAACAAUACCAACCUAAGUUUCAACUACUACGGCACAAUUAAUAUCACAAGUGUGAGUGCAAAACAAGAGGGACUGUACAGUUGUUUAGCUGAAAACGUCGCUGGAGUUUCAAGAAAGGAUUUCUACUUACAAGUCAACGACCCACCAAGGAUUUUAGAAGACAACUACACCGGGCCAUACAUAGCGACAGAAAAGGACCUACUGCUGAAGAUCGUAUGCAAAGCUACAGGCAACCCUAGACCAUAUAUUUACUGGAUGAAGGAUGACGUGUAUCUUGACAAAGACAGCAGAUAUGACGUAGACAUUGACGGAACUCUAACUAUAAAGUCGCCGUCUGAGGAUCUGAGCGGAUUCUAUACAUGCUUAGCUAAGAACAUAGUUGGAGUGGACAAAAAAACCGUUCCUGUUGAGAUUUAUACUCUACCUACGAAAGUGCAAGCGGACGAGUCUCAAUCAGCAAUCACAGUCGUAGAAAGCAACAACGUUUCUGUGGAUUGUCCAAUAAAGACUUCGCGGAAUAGCUCUGUCACAUGGUAUAAGGACGCCAAGCUUAUAUCGCACGGUCACCUCUUGCUCCCCAAUAUAUCUCGUCUUAACGAAUCUACAUACGCCUGUGUAGUGACCAACGCCAUAGGUUCCACUCACACUACAGUACGAGUUAAAGUGGAAUGGCCUCCACGGUUUAUAAAAGAAGAGAAUGGAGAUGUGACAGUGGUGCGCGGAGAGGAUACAUGGUUGGAGUGUGGAGUUGAUGCUAGACCAAGCGCUUCGAUAAGAUGGCUGGCCAACUCCCGAAUAAUGCUAGGCGAAGAUAAAUCUCGUUUGAAGCUUAAGAAUCUACAGCUGCAUCAUACUGGAGUAUACACGUGCAUAGCCAGUAACAAGCAUGGCACUGUGGUCAGGCAUUUUAAUUUAGAUGUUCUAGUGCCGCCUUUUAUAUCGGAGUUUGACUUAUUAGACGUCCAACUGAAGGAAGGAAUGAACGCAACCCUGCAAUGCAACGCCGAGGGAUCUCCACAACCCUCAAUUGAAUGGACAUACAGCAACCCUAACUGGCGUCUCAUCAACUCAUCACUGACCAUUACCAACGUAUCUAACACCUCAGAAGGCCUGUUCCGUUGCUCGGCGCGCAACAUUGCCGGCUCGGCGCACAUAGUGUACAAUGUGGCUAUUGCCGCACCGGCCGUUAUUGAGGAAAUUAUACUGUAUAAUCAAGAAGGGACCACGGUGGAAGGACAUGCAGAAAUCGUGUUUGGCAGCACUUCCCGAUUAUCCUGCAAAGCUUCCGGCCGUCCCACACCCAAAAUACAGUGGAUCAAAAACGGGAAAACACUUAGCGAAAACCAGCAAGACAUAAAUUAUGCCGACUUAGUAUUCAGUAAUGUGAACACAAGUACUUCUGGCGUAUAUUCUUGUGUGGCGAGUAACGAAGGCGGGAUGGAUGAACGGAGAACCAAGGUAGAUGUGCUAGAGCCCCCUAAAAUAUUCAAAACCUUGUUUCAAAACUGGAACUCCACGGAGACGGAGACAAUACUGGAGGUGAUAUCCGGACAAGCGUUCAACCUUCACUGUCAUCCGUAUGGGAACCCUAUGCCUGAAGUGUAUUGGUUCAAAGAUGGCGUCCCUUUGAGAUUAUUUGACGAAAGCAUGGUAUCAACGGACUUCGGAGAAGUGAUACAAUCGCGCGAGGCUCGACCGGAACAAAGCGGGAACUACAUUUGCGUCGCUAGGAAUAGCGUUGGGAAUACCAGCAUCGUAUACAUAGUUGACGUUUUGGUACCACCACCGCCAUCCAAAGACUCCCACUCUACAUCAAUCCGAGUCGGCAAACCACUGUCCCUAACCUGCCCUGCCGAAGGUAGUCCUUCCCCAUACGUCUCGUGGCUCAAGCAGCCCUACACGGAACUCGUCAACACGACGAGGCUGUCACUUUCAACAGACAACAUCACUUUGAUCAUACCUAAAACCGAGACAUCCGACUCCGGCCUCUACUCCUGCAUAAUGACGAAUAAAGUCGGCACUACCGAAGUGAUGUACGACGUUACCAUCGAGAAGCCGCCAUCCAUUGCUGGCAAUGUAGGCGCUAAUAUCAGUGAAACGAGGAUUGUGCCGUUGAGAAGGAGCCUUGUAUUGAAGUGUGAGGUUGAUGGACACCCCAUGCCUAAAAUUUCUUGGUUGAAGGACACGCUGCAUCUAAGCGGUAGUUCAAGCAACAUCCACCAAGUACUGAGCAACAGUUUACUGGCUGUAUGGAGUUUGACCCCUCGCGAUGCGGGCCAGUACAUUUGUGUGGCCGAAAACAGUGCCGGUUCUACCUACAGGCGGUACAACGUAGUCGCACAAGUUCCCGGCAAAUGGAGUGAAUGGUCCUCGUGGAGUUUCUGCAACGUGACCUGCGGAGUAGGCCGGCAGGCGAGGAGCAGGCUCUGCCAGUACAGCGACGGGACCCUCACUGUUGAUGAGAACAGCAAAUCAGACAAAUUUCUUCUUGAUGAGUCGACGUGCAAGGGGCCCAGUUCAGAACACAGAAAAUGUCACAUGCCGCCGUGUGAGGAUGUAGAAGGACAAUGGUCUGGUUGGGCCAAGUGGUCCGCUUGCUCGUCAUCUUGUGGUACUGGGACUCAGGCCAGAACGAGGCGUUGUAGGAAAGGACGCUGCCAAGGGGACAACGUGCAGAUCAGGAAAUGUCUAGAUUUGCCUAAGUGCAAUUCGUCGGAAAACGAAGUCUUCAACACAGAUGACGACGAAUUUGAAAAUAGUCCUUACACACCGGAAGCGGCCUUCGAAUUUCAACCGGAAGUGGCGGACACAGAAGAUUUUUAUACUCCGGUUACAUCUAAACCAGUAGUGUACGAAGGCCGCGUCCUACCAAAUCCUAACCAGGGUCCGUGCGAACCGGGAUUCACGCACAACGACACCAUACAAAGUUGUGAUGAUAUCGAUGAAUGUUCUGUAAACAACAAUCACUGCCACAUGACGCAGAUGUGCGUCAACACGGUCGGCGGGUACCAGUGCGGCUGCCAACCGGGCUACAGCUCGCUGGGUGCCGGCCUGCGGUGCAUGGAUAUGAACGAGUGCGAGUUAGACACAGACGGGUGCGAGUACGCAUGCGUGAACGUGGCGGGCGGGUAUGUGUGCGCCUGUCCGCGACAUCUGAGGCUGCACACAGACAAACGUCAUUGUUAUCAACCGUCUUCCCUCCAUGAUCCAUAUGAAAAUCCAGAAACAGAGUAUCUGAGCGCACUUGUUGAAUCUCCAGCUAAGUAUAGGAACACAAGGAAUUGAAACUACAAACAUAGUUUAUAACUUUUAUUUCUAUACAUAAUCAUAUUGUAUUUAUAUUGCUAUGCAGGGUCCUUUACCGAUGAUUGCAUGCUAUUUUCGAUACAUUGCCUAAUACUUUUUUAUUUUAUUUUACUUAUUUAUUGAGGUACAGUGUAAAAUGAAAUAAAUAAAUCAAAUGCUACAAGGUCUUAAAAAUCGCAUGCGAUAUCGGUGAGGUUUGUAAAGCCCAUUUACAAGGCAAAUGUAGUACAGUCAGCAAAAAUGGCUGCGCAAUUUAAACGAUUAUCAUAUCAAGAUUUUUAACCUUUUGGACGCCAAUGACGGAUAUAUCGGCACCGCAGGUCCAACGCCAAAGACGGAUUAAUCGGUCAAAGACCACAGAGCAACAUAGACCUACAUGUAUGUGCAUAAAAUAAUUAAUGUCAUUACCGGGUGUAACGCAAUUAAAUUUCAUUAGUUUACCUUUUUUCCGACGUUUCAACAAGGUUGCACUAGCUGUGGUCACGGAAGACUGAGGUCCCAGCAAAAUUUUAUCGCGUUAGACCCGGUAAUGACAUUAAUUAUGUGUACAAAACGCGAGAGUUUAAAGUGUCAUGUGCAUAAAGUUCAAUUUCAGUUU